AUGUAUUAUCUUUCUGAACUGGUUGCUACAAUACUGACUAACUGGUGUGGCACUUGGUUUGAAUUCUUCCCCAAUCCACCUAUCAAUAUUCUUUGUAUGAUUGAAAAUUUGAUUGCUCACGCCGACCCAGAGUUGUAUCAACAUUUCGUUCAGUAUAACAUCACAACCGAGAUUUACGCCUGGCCACUCUUACAAACCGGACUAAGCGAAGUGUUCACUCAGGAUGAGUGGUUAUGUCUUUGGGACUCCUUAAUAUGUCAUCCACCAGGGCCACUUCUAAUGGUUCAUAACCCUGAUACAUUCGAGCUACUGGCUUCAUCACCUUCAGAAGUACACCCUGAUAGACUUUUGUCUUCACUUAUCCAAUCCGACAGCAAAGAUAAUCAAGAAAAUAUUUGUCCAUCUUUUCAACCAUUAACGAGUCCUCAUUAUCCAAUAAUCACUCGCUAUCCUAAGUUCAUUGUAAAUUAUCACAUACAAGAACGAGAACGUAUUCGGGAGGAAGAAAAAGAAUACCUUCGACAAAAAGCUACAGUUGAAGAUAUGCAGCGCCGAGCGCAGUUGAUGGCAAAUGAAGAACAUAACUGGUAUCGCCAACAGCAGUUACUUUUAGAUGCUGAAGAUCGAAGAAGAAUGCUUCUUGCUGAAGAAGAGAACAAACUCCGUGAACAACGUAAAAGGUUGAAUGCCUUAAUUCGUGAAGUGAAAUUACAUGAAUUAAGUUUGGCGGAAGAAUCUCGUUGUCACUUCAGAAAGCUUGAUAUCCGACGUCGCCAGUGUGAACUGAAUAAACUAGAACAAGAAUUAACUCGGCUGACUAAUUGUCGUGUUGAUGAAAUGGAUGCAGCAGCAUAUGCUGCGGAACUAGCCGAUCUACGUGAAAGACUGAAUCAAAGACGUGCGGAAAAUCUGGCUACAAUGAAUGAACAACUUCAUUUUCAAAAUGACAAGGAUUUGAUGUCAAACAAUGGUUUUCCAUUUUUGAGGUGUCAUUCAGAUAUUAAUGGUUCCGUUCCACCUGAUAGAGAUCAUGAAAAACGGGUGGAUGAAGAUCAUCCUGACAAUCUUAACUAUGGAAAAACAUCAGCAUUUGAUGGUAAUCUUGUUACAAACUUUGACAGUAACGAUUCCUAUAAUAAGGUGUCUCGGUUAAAUUCUACAAAGAUUUUCCCAUUCACAUCGACUAAACUUGAUCCAGGCUCCAUCAAACAGUCAUUAUAA